AUGUCGAAUGCUUUGUUUUGUCUUCACAGGCUUCUGGAGGUACUGCUGUACCUACCGAGGGGUUCUCAGGAUGAGCAAAUGGCUCUUGUUCAAAAUCUGCAUGAGUUCCCCCUUGCAACCAUUGAAAGGGUCUUCCUUCAAAUAUCUCAUGCUUGUAUCACGCACAAGGGUCCGGAGGUAAGUAACCGCCUGCGACGUUUUAUGCAUUGGCUGGCGGGGCGAUCUUUUACCUUGGCGUUGCGGCUCUCAUGGACAGUGGACUCGGUACGCGACGUGUUUUCGGCCGUUGGGCUUGGAGGGCGCGUGAAGGAAGUGCACGACAAGAUCGAGAGUUUUGCCAUCAACCGCAAGGGUGUAGCAGAUCGAACCAACAACACUGACGGGGUAGAGGAAGAGAUUAGGCGCAAGGAACUGCGACUUAAGCUUUUCAACGAUGAGAGAGCAUUCCUCAAUCUUAUCACCAACUUGAGUAAACAUUUAAUUUCGUUCACCAAGAGAGAUCGGCGACAACAUGAGCUAAAGAAGGAGCUGGAUGAAAUCAACAAAUCACUGAGGUCGCAGUCACUCAUAUGCCCUUUGGGUUGUAAUGACGAUCCGGUAAAGUGGAUUGUAAACAUCGUUGUUGAAGAUAGUGUCGUAUUCUUUUCUCGUGAGAGAGCGCCGUUUCUCCUUCGAUGCGAAGUCAUUGUUGAUUCCACUGCAACUGUCAAUGACCCAACUACAUCUAAGUUACGACUUCCCAAUGGAAAGUUUAAAAUUUCGGCGGAAUCAGAUGAAUUGAUGGAGGAGCAGUCGCUGGACCGAAGGGGGGAAGAUGUAGGAGGGGAGGUAACUGCGAUCAAGUCCGCUUCCCCUGACAUGAAGUUGUUUCGGAAGGUCUUUGGAGAGCUUCCGGAGGAACGAGCUGCUCGUCUGCGCGAGAAGUCAUUCUUUGGGAGGCAUCCUAAUUGGGGUACAGCCACAUUUGUGGUCAAAGGUGGAGAUAAUUUGCGGCAAGAGGAGUUGGCGUUACAACUUGUUGACCUCUUCAACAAUAUAUGGAAGAAUGCCGGACUUACAUGCUCUCUUGUCCCCUAUAGGGCACUUGCCGUCGGUGUGGAUUCUGGAAUUAUUGAGUGUGUAGAGGGUGCCUGUUCCAUUGAUGGAAUCAAGAAGUCAUGUCAGAUGGCGUACCUUCCCCAGUUCUUCAAUGAGGCCUUUGGUGGCAAGGGUUCCCAAAGAUAUAGGGAGGCUCAGCGAAAUUUCGUGGAGACAAUGGCUGGUUACAGUAUCUUUACCUAUAUCCUUCAGGUGAAAGAUAGACACAACGGGAACAUUUUGAUAAGGGCAGACGGCCGUUUGGUGCACAUAGACUUUGGUUUUAUGCUCGUCACAUCUCCCGGUGGUGUCAACUUCGAAUCAGCCCCUUUCAAACUGUCACAAGAGCUCCUUGAAGUAAUGGGAGGUGUUGGAAGUUCACCAUUUAAUUACUUUAAGCUAUUGUUCUUCUUGGGGAUGAGAGCCAUACGCGAGAAAGCUGAUGAUAUCGUAGCACUUGUCUCGCUAAUGACGCCUUACAACACUUUGCCUUGUUUCGGGGCCUCUCCUGAAGUUGCCAUCCAGCAACUGCGGUCCCGCUUUCGUUUGGAUCUAGAGGACGAGGGAGAUUUUGCACUUUAUAUUAAGGAACUCAUUGUCGGUAGUGUGGACAACUGGAGGACGAGGCGGUACGAUCAGUUCCAAACUCUCCAGAAUGGUAUACUCUAG